AUGUCGUCUGGUAGCCAGUAUCGACCCAGUGAUACUGCAACCACUUCGUCUACCAUCUCUAAUGCUUCCACCGAUGGAAUAAGCCAAGAUCCAUUUCGCCCGACUGUCUUUGUUUCAAUCAAAGGCUCAACAGAUGAAUCAACAGGCCUUGAGUAUCAAGCUGGAAAAUGGCAUUAUAUUCCAAACAAUAAACCAUCUUCUUUAGCUCUCUUUGAUGACUUUGAGAAGGAAUGUCAUAACGCCACUCAAAAGUUGACGAAAGCGAUUUCAAAAAGAGUCGAACCAGUCUCUGAAAAGAAAUGGAUGGGUACUGUUCAAAAAGGGUUAGAUGAGAUCACGAGUCAAUCGAAAUACGCUUCUUCAGGUUUUAGAUCCGUUACUUGUACUGCACAGGCCAUGAACGGUUUACAAGCAGCUUAUGGACUUCUAGUUGAGGGUGAAAAGUCUGUCACACCUCCGUACGGCUAUUUGGUACUUGGUGUAAGACCUACAUCAAGGUCUAAAUCUCUUUGGGAUUCAUCUUUACAAACGAUUCAAAGUUUCUGCGGGAAGACGUCUGAGCCCAUUGAGCCUGAAGUCACCAAUGCCAAGCUCCUCCGACUGAGAACAGGCUUUGGUCCUAAGACAGAGCCCACUCAUCCCGCUAAUGUCGGCUGGGAUUACCUCGCUCGCAAGAACAGUAAUCUCUUUCCAAGUGUUCAUGUCGCUCAAAGUGUUUUGGGCGAUCAUCCAGGAUCUGAGAUCAUAACAGUUCCUGAAGCGGCGCUUGACCUACCAUUCUUUGAACGUAUUGAGAAUCCAGAUCUUCUUGAAGAGAUACAAACACCUGAAUAUCUUCAAGUCAGUCAAUCUGGAAACUCUAUAAUCAGUCUUUCUGGUACUGCAGCGAAUGGCGACUCUGAUAGCGACGUUUAUUAG